AAAUUAACUUCCAUCGAUUUACAAUUACAUUGUAAUAAAACAGGGCUCAAACCGUGAAAAAAUGGAGGAUCCAGCAGAUCUGAGCCACUGCCGAUUAUGCUUCUCGGCGGACAACCUCUCGGAUGCCAUCUUCCCGGUGGAUGGCCCUCCGGACCAAUCGCUGAUCGCCAUGAUCCACGAUUGCACUUCCAUCCGGAUCAGCUUCGAGCGGGACUAUCCGUGUUCGGUGUGCGGCACCUGUUUGCGGGUGCUGCAGCAGUUCCACGGGUAUCGGCAGCGGUGUUUGGCCAACGAUCGGCAACUGAGGCGACAGCGUGGAGGAGACGACGGGGAUGUCGAUCCACUGGAGGAGUGUUUUGCGAUGGUCAAGCAGGAGGCGGACGAUGAUCAGCAGUUUUACCGGCAAGUGAAACAGCAAAUUCACGAGUUUUUGGAGACGAAGAUGAAGGAGAUUGAGCGGACGGCUUUGGCCAAGGUAAAUGAAGUGCUUCGGAAUCGGGACGGGGGAAUCGGACUGCAGAUGAACGUGGAGGAUGAUUUGAACAACACGAUGGAUUGGAAGAGCAAAUAUUUGACCCUGCAGAAGAACAACGAAUUGCUGCAGAAGGCAUUUCGGGAUCAGAAGGCUAAACUGAAACAAACGGAACAGAUGCUAAGGAGCUACCAGCAGCAGUCGAGCAACGUUGGCGUAGCGUGCGAAAUGAUGAACGGUCUCGUAGAGAGUCAGCCCGGCAGUGGGUUUACCACACAUCCGGCCAUUCCGGAAAUUUCGUCAGAAUACCUGCAAAGUUUGAACUUCAACUCCGGGGCGGGAGAGAAAGGAGAUCGCCAUUUCGUAUCUCGGCUGGCCGUAGCUGUGUUUGGAGAGGACAUUUUAGUCAAUUCCAGCGUCACCGGUAGACCCUCGAAUUCGCAUCACAACAUUCCGCCGAAGCCACCGCUCUGUUCGCUGAAAAUGUCCGCCAUUGGAGCAAAACUAUACGAACGAGUCGAGCAGGAAGUGGGUCGGUCCAAUCGGAAGGAACUGCUUCAAAGAUCCAGCGAGAAGGUCGUCCGGUUGGUGGUCUGCCAGAAGUCGAUGAAUCUCCGGAAGCAGGUCAUGAAGAGGAGUCAAUCAAUUAGUGGUGGCAGCGGGAGUUACUCACUCGGCGGUGGAAGUGCUGGUGAGGAAGAGUUCGAGGAACCGAUCGGCAAGCGGAUGACGCGUUGAGUGAGUAUUUAAAAAAAAAUCAGUAAUGAUGACCCCAAAUCGAAUAUUUGUCGGAACAGUUCAAAAGAAAGCCAU